CUCCAGAACAGAAGCCCCAGAACGGAACCCCUCCCCCCGUACUGAGAAACUCCGAAAUCUGGCUGAUGCUGAUGCACUGAUGCUGUGUUGUGUUACACAAGCUGACGACUCAAGUUUGAACACUGAGCUGAUUAUUAAAGAUUAGGGUUUCUUGCGAAACGAAGAAAACCCUGGUGGUCGGUAGCUCAUCUUUGCUUACUUCUUCAUUUGGAUCUCAAAUUCCGGAUUUCUUACAACAUAUAGCUAUCAGACUCUGCAAAAAGUAAGGGAGGCAAAAAAAAAGAAGAAGCUAGCUUCAGCUUCGCCUUGUACUCUUGCUACUCCAUAGAUAUAUUUAUCUUGCUACUCCAUAGAUAUAUGUAUAGAGAAAGCGAAGAAACAAGAACAGCAAAGUGAAGAAAGCGAAGUUCCAAGAUCCCCCAGUUGAUUUUUCCGACAUAAAGAGAGAGUGAAACAAGAACAGCAAAAGGGCAACAAAAAGAAGAAAUGUCAAACAACCGGUGGUGGGCAGAAGAUGUACCGACCACGACCGCCGACGCCAGAGGUGGAACCAAUUUAAACACAAACCCUAACCCCGAAAAUGGAGAAAUUCAAGAAUACACUAGCGGAGAACAAGCCGAAGUCGGAGACCAGUUCAACGCCGGAGGAGCCCUCGAAAUCUCGGAACCUUCAAGCUCCGGCCGCCGUCCUAGAGGCCGACCACCUGGAUCCAAAAACAAGCUGAAGCCACCAAUCGUCAUAACCAAGGAAACGCCAAACGCACUCCGAAGCCACGUGUUCGAAAUCACAAGCGGCGGUGACGUGGCCGGGGCCAUUGUCGGCUUCGCCGAGCUCUGUCGCUGCGGCGUGGUGGUGCUCAGCGGGAGCGGCGUCGUAACCGACGUCACUCUCCGCCAGCCAUCCGUCGUGGGGAGCGUGAUGACGCUCCCCGGGCGGUUCGAGAUUUUAUCACUUUCGGGCUCUUUGUUCCCCUCUCCUGCGCCGCCGGGGGCAAGUGGAUUGACAGUGUAUUUAGCCGGCGGGCAGGGGCAGGUGGUUGGGGGGAUUGUCGUAGGGCCGUUAGUGGCGCUGGGGCCGGUGAUGGUGGUGGCGGCGACAUUUUCGAACGCGGUUUACGAGCGGUUGCCGGUGGAGGAUGAGGCGGCCGCGGAAGGUGGAGAGGGGGUAAUGCAAUUGGAGCAAAGUCCAGGGGUAAAUCUGGGUCAUGAAUACAAUCUAGUAACCCCUAAUUUGGUUCCAAAUGGUCAGAUGCCUCAUGAUAUGUUUUGGUCUACUCCUCCUCCCCGUCCGCCGGGUUUCUAAACAUCAUUUGAGAGAGAGAGAGAGAGAGAAAGAGAUGGUUAGUGUUGUUCAUGAUAUUCUGAGUGCACAUGUAACCCUAGGUGUUGAUUAAGCAAGGUAGAGAAACACUUGACCUAUUUGUAGAAUUUGACUCAAUGUAGUGCAAGAUUGUGCAUUAGGUCUAGCUAGCUAGGUGGUGUUGUGGAGUUCUUUUUGUGCAUUAUUAGAUUGUGCAAAUUGGUCUUAAAAUGUUGAAUUUUUCUUGAUUAUUUUAAAAAGAAAAAAACUUAUUUG